AUGGAGAGUUACUUGAACCAGAAUUUUGACGUUAAGGCCAAACAUUCGUCGGAGGAAGUGCUUGAAAAAUGGCGGAAUCUCUGUGGUGUCGUAAAAAACCCGAAACGUCGAUUUCGCUUCACGGCAAAUCUGUCCAAGCGUUACGAAGCUGCCGCAAUGCGCAAGACCAAUCAGGAGAAAUUGAAGAUUGCAGUUCUCGUGUCAAAAGCUGCUUUCCAAUUUAUAUCGGGAGUUUCGCCAAGUGACUACACUGUGCCUGAAGAGGUUAAAGCUGCAGGCUACGACAUUUGCGCAGAUGAGUUAGGAUCAAUAGUGGAAAGUCAUGAUGUGAAGAAGCUCAAGUUUCAUGGUGGAGUUGAUGGACUUUCAGGGAAGCUCAAGGCAUGUCCUAAUGCUGGUCUCUCAAGUGAACCUGAUCAGUUAAGCCAAAGGCAAGAGCUUUUCGGAAUCAACAAGUUUGCAGAAAGCGAGUUGAAGAGUUUCUGGAUAUUUGUUUGGGAAGCACUUCAUGACAUGACACUUAUGAUUCUAGGUGUUUGCGCUUUCUUCUCUUUGAUAGUUGGAAUUGCAACUGAAGGAUGGCCUCAAGGGUCACAUGAUGGCCUUGGCAUUGUUGCUAGUAUCCUUUUGGUUGUGUUUGUCACAGCAACUAGUGACUACAGACAGUCUUUGCAAUUCAGGGAUUUGGACAAAGAAAAGAAGAAGAUCACAGUUCAGGUUACGCGAAGCGGGUUUAGACAGAAGAUGUCUAUAUAUGAGUUGCUUCCUGGUGACGUUGUUCAUCUUGCUAUUGGAGACCAGGUUCCUGCUGAUGGUCUUUUUCUCUCUGGUUUCUCUGUUGUGAUCGAUGAAUCGAGUUUGACUGGAGAGAGUGAGCCUGUCAUGGUGAGCUCACAGAACCCUUUCCUUCUCUCUGGAACUAAAGUGCAAGAUGGGUCUUGUAAGAUGCUGGUUACAACAGUUGGUAUGAGAACGCAAUGGGGGAAACUAAUGGCUACUCUUAGUGAAGGAGGUGAUGAUGAAACUCCAUUGCAAGUGAAACUUAAUGGAGUUGCAACUAUCAUUGGUAAAAUAGGUCUCUUCUUCGCGGUUGUCACGUUUGCGGUUUUGGUGCAAGGAAUGUUUAUGAGGAAGCUUUCAUUGAGCACUCACUGGAGGUGGUCAGGAGAUGAAGCAUUAGAGCUUCUUGAAUACUUUGCUAUUGCUGUGACAAUUGUCGUCGUUGCGGUUCCUGAAGGUUUGCCUUUAGCUGUGACUCUUAGCCUCGCAUUUGCGAUGAAGAAAAUGAUGAAUGAUAAAGCCCUUGUUAGACACUUAGCAGCUUGUGAGACAAUGGGAUCUGCAACUACCAUUUGCAGUGACAAGACUGGUACCUUAACAACCAAUCACAUGACCGUUGUGAAGUCUUGCAUUUGUAUGAAUGUUCAAGAUGUAGCAAGCAAAGCCUCAAGCUUACAGUCUGACAUCCCUGAGGCUGCUUUGAAACUACUUCAACAGUCGAUUUUUAACAACACCGGAGGCGAAGUUGUUGUGAACAAACAUGGAAAGACAGAGAUAUUGGGGACACCAACAGAGACUGCUAUAUUGGAGUUUGGACUAUCUCUUGGAGGUAAGUUCCAAGAAGAGAGACAAUCCUACAAAGUUAUCAAAGUUGAGCCGUUUAACUCCACAAAGAAGAGAAUGGGAGUAGUCAUUGAGCUACCUGAAGGAGGACGCAUUCGAGCUCAUACUAAAGGAGCCUCUGAAAUUGUCUUAGCUGCUUGCCAAAAUGUUAUCAACUCAAGUGGUGAGGUUGUUCCUCUUGAUGAAGAAUCCAUCAAGUACUUGAAUGUUACAAUCAAUGAGUUUGCCAAUGAAGCUCUUCGCACUCUUUGCCUUGCUUAUAUGGAUAUCGAAAAUGGGUUUUCUGCUGAUGAAGGUAUCCCAGCUUCAGGGUUUACUUGCAUAGGAAUCGUUGGCAUUAAAGAUCCUGUUCGUCCUGGAGUCAGAGAGUCAGUGGAACUUUGUCGCCGUGCUGGUAUUAUGGUGAGAAUGGUUACAGGAGAUAACAUCAACACUGCAAAAGCUAUUGCUAGAGAAUGUGGAAUCCUCACUGAUGAUGGUAUAGCCAUAGAAGGUCCUGUGUUCAGAGAGAAAAAUCAAGAAGAGUUACUUGAACUCAUUCCCAAGAUUCAGGUGAUGGCUCGUUCUUCUCCCAUGGACAAACAUACACUUGUGAAGCAGUUAAGGACUACUUUUGAUGAAGUUGUUGCUGUAACUGGUGACGGGACAAACGAUGCACCAGCACUCCAUGAGGCUGACAUAGGAUUAGCAAUGGGCAUUGCCGGAACAGAGGUGGCGAAAGAGAGCGCGGAUGUCAUCAUUCUCGACGAUAAUUUCAGUACAAUUGUGACGGUGGCGAAAUGGGGACGUUCGGUUUACAUUAACAUUCAGAAGUUUGUGCAGUUUCAACUAACAGUCAAUGUUGUUGCCCUCAUUGUUAACUUCUCUUCAGCUUGCUUGACCGGUGACGCUCCUCUAACUGCUGUUCAACUGCUUUGGGUCAACAUGAUAAUGGACACACUUGGAGCUCUUGCUCUAGCUACAGAGCCACCAAACAAUGAGCUGAUGAAACGUAUGCCAGUUGGAAGGAAAGGGAAUUUCAUUACAAACGCAAUGUGGCGGAACAUCUUAGGACAAGCUGUGUAUCAAUUCAUUAUCAUAUGGCUUCUACAGGCCAAAGGGAAGUGGCUGUUCGGUCUUGCUGGUUCUGAUUCUACUCUUGUGUUGAACACACUUAUCUUCAACUGUUUUGUCUUUUGUCAGGUAUUCAAUGAGAUAAGCUCGCGGGAGAUGGAAGAGAUCGAUGUAUUCAAAGGCAUACUUGAUAACUAUGUGUUCGUGGUUGUUAUUGGUAUAACUGUUUUCUUUCAGAUCAUAAUCAUUGAGUUCCUGGGAACAUUUGCAAGCACCACACCUCUCACAUUCAUCCAGUGGUUCUUCAGCAUAUUCGUCGGCUUCUUAGGGAUGCCGAUCGCUGCUGGAUUGAAGAAAAUAACAGUGUAA